UACAAUCCUAGUACAAACGAUAGCAUUAGUUCAUUUUGCGAAAAGCAAUCACCCGUGAGCUAUCUACAUACGCAUUAUGAUAUGCAUGUGUUUACCGGUGCGGCAUGGGAUUUAAUGUAGCUAUCAAUGAUUAACGAAAAUAAUUCAUAGCAAUUGCUUAAAAUAUUUUGAAGGAUGUCAACACUCUCAAAAACCCCCGCAAAAGUUUUGCUCAUCCGUUUGGCAUCGUUUAAUAGAGUGUCAUUAAGGUACUGUGCCAAAGUUGCCAAAGUUAACAACAACAAAUACACGAAUACGGUGUUAUUACCACAAACAAAAUUUCCUUUGAGAUUGAAUGGAGCACAUAGGCUGGCAAUGGAUAAUUAUUUGUUGGAAAAAUGCGGAUUUUCCGAGCUGUACAGCUGGCAAAGAUCGAACCUUGCGCCUCCGGACUUUACCCUUCACGACGGUCCCCCCUACGCCAACGGGGACGUGCACAUGGGUCACGCCGUAAACAAAAUUCUUAAAGAUAUCACCCUGCGGAGCCGGGUAAUCCGGGGCCAACGAGUCCAUUAUGUUCCAGGCUGGGACUGCCAUGGUCUUCCCAUAGAACUCAAAGUCCUCUCUACCACAAAAACCAAUAAACCACUCACACCCAAAGAAAUCAGAUCUCUGGCCCGGACUUAUGCGCAAAAAGAGCUUGAAAGGCAAAAGAAAGCCUUUAUCUCCUGGGGAGUAAUGGCUGACUGGGCCUCUGGCUGCUACUUUACCCACGACAAAACGUACAUAAACAACCAACUGCACCAAUUCCUGAACCUCUACUCAAAGAACCUGAUCUUCAGGGAUUUUAAACCAGUCUACUGGUCCCCUUCCUCGAAAACAGCAUUAGCAGAAUCGGAGUUGGAGUACAACGACAACCAUAAGAGUAGAUGUGCGACUGUCCGUCUAUUACUCACCAAACUGCCUCCAGUUCUCGAGCAGUUCUCAAAUAAAGCGAUCUAUGCUUUGACUUGGACGACGACCCCCUGGACAUUGCUUGCUAACCAAGCCCUGAGUUACUCCGGAGACAUUCCUUACUGUUUGUCAUCAGACACUGAAGGAACCCUCUACAUAACGUCUGAGACGCUUCUUCCCUCGAUCUCGGAAAAGGUCGGACCGCUUAAGAAGGUUCUAACCCUCUCCGGAGAGGACUUAAAACUCUCGGAGUACUCCCACCCAAUCUGGAAGCAGUCUCUCCCCUUUCUCGAGUCCCCUCACGUGACGGAUAAAAUGGGAACAGGAAUUGUCCACACAGCCCCUGCCCACGGCAAUGAGGACUUCCUGGUGUGUCUGUCCCACAAUAUUCCGGUCAAAUCAUUAGUCGAUGAAGAAGGGAAGUUCACCGAAGACGCUGGAGAGUUUCAGGGAUUGGAUGUGCUGGAUACGGGCAUCUCAGCUGUGUUAAAUCAUCUGGGAGACGAUGUCCUUCAUACAGAGGAGAUUAUUCACAGUUAUCCUUACGAUUGGAGGACUAAGAAACCCGUAAUCACCAGGGCCAGUUACCAGUGGUUCAUCAAUACUGAAGUUCUGAAAGAGAAAGCUCUCGAAUCUGUCAAUACCACCAAAUUCUUUCCAAGAAUGAACGAGAGUGGCUUCAUGAAUUAUUUGCGUCAGCAGAUCUCAAAGAGACCGUUCUGGUGCAUCUCCAGACAGAGAUCCUGGGGAACUCCCAUUCCAGUGUUUUAUGAUAAAAGAACGAGGGAGGUACUUGUCAACGAAGACAUAGUGGAGAGAAUUUGUCAGGUAUUCCAAGAGCAUGGGGACGACUCAUGGUGGACGUUUUCUGUUGAACAACUCCUUGGAAAGUCCAUCUUGAAGAAAUACAAACUAAACCCAGAGGAGUUGGAGAAAGGUCAGGACAUCAUGGACAUCUGGCUGGAUUCUGGUAUCUCUUGGUCUUCAGUAUUACCUGAGAAAUUUGCUGACCUCUAUCUCGAGGGAAUGGAUCAGUUCAACGGCUGGUUCCAUUCGUCUCUGAUCAGUUCUAUCGCGAUACAGGGGAAGGCACCUUUCGCAUCAAUCUUCGUUCACGGGUUUACGGUGGACAAGAGUGGACAGAAGAUGUCAAAGUCAUUGGGAAACGUUAUCAGCCCUGAGGAGAUCAUCAAGGGGAAGAAGAGUGAGAAGAAUGCCUUGGGAAUUGAUGUCCUGAGGUGGUGGGUGGCAAGCCAUGGGGUGCAGCACACCCAGAUACCCAUUACCGAGGGGAUCUUCAAGGAGAGCGCUGAUAAUGUCCAGAAGAUCAGAGCUGUUCUGAGAUUUUUACUCGGAGCACUUCAUGAAGAGGAUUCGGAUGCAGGGGAGAUCAAGACUGAGUAUCUGCUGUUGGAUAGGUUCAUGCUGCACAGGCUCUAUCACUUCAAUAAAGAGGUGCAGGCUUUCUACGAUAACUUCGAAUAUCAUCACGUUGCCAAAGCUGUUCUCAACUUCGUUAGCAACGACGUCUCUGCGGUGUAUUGUUCCCUGGUGAAAGACAGGCUGUACUGUGAAAGCGGCAACAGUCCUGUGAGAAUAGCUGCUGUGGAUGUUGUCGAUGAUAUUCUGACAGUUGUCACUAGAGCGGUAGCUCCUAUUCUCCCUUUUCUGGCGGAGGAGGUGUGGCUGCAUCAUCCUGAAAAUUUGACGUCUGUGCCAUUGUACAGAUCGACACCCUGUGAUCCUCCGGGGGAGUGGAAUGAUGCGGAGCUGGAGAGGAUUGUAAAUGUGGCGUUGGAUGUUAAGAGAUUGGUCAAUAAGAUGGUUAGCGGAAAUACUCUGGAGAUGGUGGGGAACGUUUCAGUUGGUAAAGAGGACUUCGCAAAGCUCUCGAAACUUCAGAAUGAAAGAACAUCAACAACCUCUGAAUUGUCGUGUAUUCUGCAGCUAUCGUCAGUGACUCUCAUUGAAGAUCCUGCAUGCACAUCACCGAAAAUUGAUGUUAAACCAAUUGAAUAUGCAUUAUGCAAACGAUGCAGAAAAUAUCCAGAAUUCAGUGAAGGCGAACUGUGUAUACGGUGUAGAACUAUUGUGGAUGUUCAUUUCAGUAUGUGAUUAAUAAAGCAUUUUUAGUUUGAA